GAGAGCGGCCGGGCAGCCCCGGCGGCCGCCUCCUCCUCUGGCAGAGGCAGCGCGGGGAAGGACCGCAGCUAGAGGGAGCUGCUCCGGACCGCGUCUGCCCGUGCGCCCCGGUUCUUUCACAGGCUCCCCCGCCCCUCCCCUCCCUCCUUCCCCCGUGAUGGCGGAGGACAGCGAGUCCGCGGCCAGCCAGCAGAGCCUGGAGCUGGAUGACCAAGACACCUGCGGCAUAGACGGCGACAAUGAGGAGGAGACCGAGCACGCCAAGGGAAGUCCUGGAGGGGAUUUGGGAGCGAAGAAGAAGAAAAAGAAGCAGAAGAGAAAAAAGGAGAAACCAAAUUCUGGAGGCACCAAAUCAGAUUCUGCAUCUGACUCCCAGGAGAUUAAAAUUCAACAGCCUUCAAAAAAUCCAGCCAUUCCAAUGCAGAAGCUUCAAGACAUCCAGAGGGCAAUGGAGCUGCUCUCUGCAUGCCAAGGCCCAGCAAAGAAUAUUGAUGAGGCUACCAAACGUAAAUACCAGUUUUGGGAUACACAACCUGUACCUAAACUUAAUGAAGUUAUAACUUCACAUGGUGCAAUUGAACCAGAUAAGGACAAUGUCCGCCUAGAGCCAUAUUCUUUGCCACAAGGUUUUAUGUGGGACACAUUGGAUCUUAGCAAUGCCGAAGUUCUGAAGGAGUUAUACACACUGUUAAAUGAGAAUUACGUAGAAGAUGAUGAUAAUAUGUUUAGGUUUGAUUAUUCUCCUGAAUUUCUUCUGUGGGCGUUACGUCCUCCAGGCUGGUUACCCCAGUGGCACUGUGGGGUUAGAGUGUCUUCAAACAAAAAACUGGUAGGAUUCAUAAGUGCCAUCCCUGCAAGUAUUCGUAUAUAUGACAGUGUGAAGAAAAUGGUAGAAAUCAAUUUUCUGUGUGUCCAUAAGAAACUGAGAUCUAAACGGGUAGCACCUGUACUAAUUCGGGAAAUAACCAGAAGAGUAAACCUGGAAGGAAUUUUUCAAGCUGUUUACACUGCUGGAGUGGUACUUCCCAAACCUGUGGCCACUUGCAGGUAUUGGCAUCGAUCACUAAAUCCCAGAAAAUUGGUGGAGGUGAAAUUUUCACAUUUGAGUAGAAACAUGACUCUACAAAGAACAAUGAAGCUCUACAGACUUCCUGAUGCCACAAAGACUUCAGGUUUGAGACCAAUGGAACAAAAAGAUACUAAAGCAGUACAAGAAUUAAUCAACACUUACUUGAAACAGUUUAAUCUUGCUCCUGUGAUGGAUGAAGAAGAAGUAGCCCACUGGUUCCUGCCUCGGGAUCAUAUUAUUGACACUUACGUGGUGGAGGGCUCAAAUGGUAUUUUAACAGACUUCCUGAGCUUCUACACAUUACCUUCAACAGUGAUGCAUCAUCCUGUUCAUAAAAGCCUCAAAGCUGCCUAUUCCUUUUACAAUAUUCAUACAGAGACUCCCCUCUUGGACUUAAUGAAUGAUGCACUCAUUAUAGCCAAAUUGAAAGGAUUUGAUGUAUUCAAUGCACUAGACUUAAUGGAAAACAAAACAUUCCUGGAAAAACUCAAGUUCGGGAUUGGAGAUGGAAAUUUGCAGUAUUAUUUGUACAACUGGAGGUGUCCGGGCAUGGAAUCUGAAAAGGUUGGUCUUGUAUUACAAUGAGGACAUUCACAUUUCUAGAACUCUGAGGUCAUCGUUUUGAGUUAAUUUGAUCUCCAUAACUCUUGGAAUGGUAUUGUUCAAGAGGAGUAAAAGCACAACGUCGGUGAUACUGAAAUAGUCCAUUAAAUCUGAACAAUGAAAACAUCCACAUGUGACCAAAUUUAUGCAUUUUCAGAUAGAUCAGAAGGCCCAUGAAACUCUUCUAUUGUCCAUGAAAAGAAUAAAAAGCACAUUCAUUUAAGUUUCAAAGCUUAGCUUGCACCUUGAUGAGAAGAAGGUAUUUUUUUCCACUCUGUAGAAAAGACUGUUUUGUACAAACUGAACUUCAGUGGUGGAUUAGGGUACAAAAAUAUUUGCUAUUAUGUGGAUGAACUGCUGCAUUUCUAUUUAUUAAGUGGUGGUGUAUGUUUGUCAGUGUAACCGAAUGAAGGAUACAACUUCGAGUAUCUUUGCUUAUUUACUUCACGUGGAUGUCAUCAUUUGGGGGAAAAUCAAGAAGUACGAUACGUUUGUAGCUCUGUGAAAGUCCUGGAUGCUUUUGUAACUGGAGCAGUAUGACAAUGUACUGGUUUAACUAGUGCAUUUGUUUCUCCAUAAGCAACGCUGCCAAAUCAAUAAAAAAUACAGAUUUGUACUUUGAUCUUCAAUAGAUCAGUGGAUUGAUUUAACAGUAUCGCACUGUUCAGUGCAGGUGUUAUCUAUGUUGCCGGAAUGAUAAUACAUUACUGUACUUAAUUUACAGUUGUGGCACAAAACCUUAGUUUUUCCUCAGUAGAAUAACAUCAGCCUGUGUGUAAAACUAAGAAUUUUAGUAGUGCUAUCAGGAUGUUUAUAGUUUGAAUGUUUUCAACGCUUCUGCGAAAUUGCACAUAUUCCUUUGUCUACUUUGAUUUCCUAUGAAGUCUGUAAUUCUAAUGAAAAGUAUCUUGUGUAAAUAUGUAUUCAUAAAUUGUUCCUGGUAGUGUUUUUAUCCUGAAUUUGGAACAAGAAGUUUUGCUAUAUAUAUGUGGCUGGUAAGCAGAAGAGAAAUGCUCUGCCCUCAGUCCUUGGAAGUCUCUGUAACUGCACUUCCUGAAAUGUAGGAGGGCUGAUCUUUAUUGUUGGGUGGAGCUGUUUUAAUUCCCUCAUGAAUGCUCAGCAACGGGAGUGGCUUCUGAAGCACUUUAUAUGCAUUCCAGCGUAGUGUCAUAGCUAGAUAUGACAGCAGUUCUUUCAGCUCAUGGAUGCUGCAGUAAUGGGAGCACUGAGAAAAUCUGCAUUAAGAAACUGUUCUAGCUGAAAGUGCCAAAUUGUGGUAGUGAAGCCUCUGUGCUGUGAGCAUCUUUUGAAUGUGACUUGAAUAUCUCAUGAAAUGCAAAUGUCUAACUUUCCUUUUAAACAUGCCUGUAAUUCUGACAGCAGAUUUUGCUGAAAGUUUAAUUCUGUACAUGAAGAUAAAUUUGUCUGUUCUUCAUAACUGAUAGCCCUACCCACCUCCUUGUAGCAGUGGGGUUUUUCUUUCUUCCUGCUCCUUUUCCAAUGUGUGAAUGGUUUGUGUUUUGGUUUAUUUUUCUUGUUGAAUUGUGGCGAGAGGAUUCUGCCCUAGAAACAGUGAUACUUUCCCUUACUGCAUUAUAGCUCUGUGAUUAAAGCAUCCGACCUCCUUCAAACAAAGGAAGGGACUGAAUGUGGUUUGUCUGACUCCUGGGUGUGCACCAGCUUGGGACCUCAUGAAUUUAAAAGGACUUCAAAGGAGAUCUAAUGGUGCAGUUGGGCUUUAUGUCUGGCCACUCUGAUACCUGUCUGCUAGUAGCAGUUACAACAGAUGGUGCAGAGGAAGUUUGGACUCUCUAUGUGAGGCCUGAGGAGAAUUAAGUGCCUGAAAAUAUUGAUGGUAGUGGUAUCUGAGAUAACAAGAAGGAUUUAAUCUCAACUCCAUCAAAGACUUAAAUUUUUAACUCCCAAAAGGCAUGAAGGUGCCCCCCUGGCAGGGCAUUCUCACUGGAGCCCUCUGGGAUAAGGAGGAAGUUCAGCAAGGGGCUCAGUGUGGGCUGCUUAGGUUCUAAGGGCAGAGCCUUGUCAAUCCUUGCUCGGGGCUGCCUAAUGUGAGGUGGGACAGCAGAGCACAGCUCUGUCCUCAUGUAUAAGGUACUUCCUUGCUAAGAAACAGUCACAACCCAGCUCUUCCUAAUCUGGAUGGGUGGUGUUGAAUGCCAGGUGGAAGAUACACUCAUGUUCUCUGCCUUCCUUCCCCUCAAAAAAAUGCACAUGGAAGAAAUGUUAGGCAGGUGUUUUCUCAUCUCUUCUCUGAAAUCGGAAGGCAAAUCCUCCCAAGUACUGUUGUUUGUAAAAUUGAGGCCAUGAUGUGACCAAUUAUGCCCUGGUAGAAGACAGACUUGAACCUGGGUUUCCUGCAGCCUGGCUUUCUGCCCAAAUCUACAGGUUAGGGCACAUGAAGAAAGGAGUGUGGCCACUCUUUUGCUCUGUUCUGGUAAAACAGUGCCAUUUGCUUCUGAAUCCAAGGGGUAAACUUCUGUCUCAUUUUCCAGCUCACUUUCCAUGUUAACUGAGGGUAGGGAGGGCAGUUAUGCUCCUGUAGAAGCUGUGCAGCACUAUAACUGGGAGCAAAUUUAUCGGUCAGAGCAUGAGGGAAGUGGGCAGCUGAGCCUGAGUGCUGGGGCAGUUCCUGGAGAGUUCUGUUCAUGAACCUGUGUGUUACCUAACAGCUGUGCAAUCCAGCAUGGUCUCUUCUGUCCCUGUUGAGUGCUCUUCACCUCGAAGAAGUACUGCUUUGCUGAAGUAUCACAGCGUCAAGAGGACAUGAAUCUUGAAGGUGUCCCAGCCCACACGCACACAGUAAGACAGUUACUCGGGAGGUGAAAAUUGUGGCAACUCACUUUCACUUUCUAAGCAGGUAUUUAACAAUAGAUGAAUAUCUGUGUGAGUGUCACUGUCAGCAGCUCAAUAAGAGAGGCUCUUCUGUUGUUUCCAAACUUGAACCUGUGCAUUACGCUUGCUAUAAAGAUAAGACUCCUCAAAACCCAAUAGGUGUUUGUACAAAAAUUGGCAAAUGUAAGGCUUGCUCCACCACCUUUCCCACCCGCCUUUUUAAAUAUCUUUUGAUGUUGAAGAAAGAACAUCAUUUCUUUCCCAAAGUAACUUCCUAUCUUCAGAGGGGACACAAAUCCCUGAAGACAGAUCCCUGCAGGCAGGCAGCAAAGUGCUUGAAAGAUGAUUGCUGUGCUUAUGUUCUUUACCAAAGCUAAUCCUUGUGCUCUGUGUAAAUGCUAAGACUUCUAUGUUAUGGUUAGCCAGCCUGGGAAUGAAAUACACUAGUCCUAGCAUGCCUUCAAAGUUUUAUUCAUCCAGAAAACCAGAACAAAGGACAUGUAUGAAGGACUACGAAGCAAGGGAAAAAACCCUUGCCUCUUCUUGCCACCCUCAGACAAGGAAAAAAUUUUAGCAUUGAAUGUUUUGUUUAAACUUCAAGGAGCAUCAUGACUACAGAAUCAUUGCUAUUGUCUGCCUUUGUAGUUGGUAUCAUGGACUUAAGCAAUUUCUAAAUAAAUCCAAGAGACAGAUGAGCUAUCGGAUGGCACUGGAAGUUUGGAUCAACAGAUCUCUGAAAACUAUGUGUAAAUUCCACCUUUAAGGAACUACAAAGUAACUCAGUUAUUUUAAGCUUUCUUUUACAAGUAAAUUCCUAGGCUGUUGAUUGUCUGAAUUGCAGCAAUAUUCCCCUUCCUUACUAUAAUACAACUGUCUCAUUAGGAAACUGUUCAUAGUCCCCAGUAAAACUAAAGGAAAAUCAAAAGUUACGUGGUAUGUUUUCAGUCUUGUAGCACUUAUAGCUCUCAUCUACUUUAUAUACAACAGUAUAUGGCUUAUCUCAAUUUCCUGGGAAAUAAUUUUAGACUUCCUUUAGAAAUCUAAUUGAGUUUAGAUUUACAUUUUCUUACAGGAAUUGUGUUAAUAAUGGAAGUAUUUUUUUUCAUACUGCAGCAGUAGUAAUUUGGUUGUGUUUUGUAUUUGAAAAUAAAGCUUUUCCUCCAGCAUACCCUACACCAGGUAUCAGGUGAAACCCAAGUCUGCAUACAUUUGUGACCAAAACAAGUUUAUUGUUCAGCAGAAAAAACUAUAAUAGAGUUCAAAAGGGAAGUCUGCCUGUGCUGUUACAGCUGUUUACUUGAAACCAGCUUUAAAAGACUUAUACUGGCAUGGACCUUUGUUUAAAUAAACUUUCACUUUUGGUAUUGA